UUACCCGAGAUUUCAUCACCUGAGACUCCACCACCAGAUAUUGUAGACCCUGAGAUUUCACCAUCCGAAAAUCCAGCACCCGAGAUUACGUCACCAGAGAUUUCGCCACCUAAUACUCCACCACCUAAUAUUAUAGACCCUGAGAUUCCACCACCAGAAAUUAUAGUAAACCCCGAGGUUCCAUCAUCUGAAACACCACCACCUGAGAUUUCACCAUCUGAGACUCCACCACCUGAGAUUUCACCAUCUGAGACUCCACCACCGAAUAUUAUAGACCCUGAGAUUCCGCCCCCAGAGAUUAUAAUAGAUCCUGAGAUUUCACCAUCUGAGAGUCCACCACCCGAGAUUACACCACUUGAGACUCCACCACCAGAGAUUAUAAUAGAUCCUGAGAUUCCACCCUCCGAGAGUCCACCACCAAAUAUUAUAGACCCUGAGAUUCCACCAUUUGAGACUUCACCACCAGAUAUUAUAGACCCUGAAAUAUCACCACCAGAUAAUAUAGUUCCCGCGUUUCCACCAGAUAUAUUAGUCCCCGUGUUUCCACCAUCUGAUACUCCACCACCGGAGAUUAUAGACCCAAAGACUCCAUCACCUGAGAUCCCACUGCCAGAGAACCUACCAACGCUUCCUCCAAACACACCCCAACAAACUCCUCCAAACACACCAGCAGAAACUCCUCCAGACACACCAUCGCAGACUCCACCAACACUUCCACCAAACUCACCACCGAUGGCUCCUCUAGGUACACCAACGUUUCCACCAAACAACUCACUACCACCUUCUCCUUCGAGCUCCCCACCACCGCCCCGGUCUCAAACACCACCACCAUCUCCCCCACGUGGCAUAUGUCCCAGGAACGCCAAUCAGAUAAGGUCAUGUUCCAAUAUCCUAAAAUUUUUCGGUAACUUCCUAGAUUUUCGAUUGGCGAAGCCAUGUUGUACCCUCAUUCGUGAUCUAUCCGAUGCUCAAGCAGCUGCUUGCCUAUGUGAUUUG